AUGAGCGACAGCCCAAGAACCUUGAGCAAUGAAGCUAUGGAGAAAAUUAUCGGAAAUAUGACUGCGGAAAUGCAAAAUAUCGAUGGUCAAUAUGUUCCUUUAGGCUUCACUCCACCACCAGCGACUACAGAGCCCUUAAACUGGAGUCAGCAUCCACAACCCAGUUUUAUUAAUCGAUUUUCGCCUAAUUUGGAGCAAUUUCCACAGCAGCCUUUUAAUUAUUUGCCCCAAACUCCCCAGAUGUUCGAGCCAAAUGGGUAUAAAAAGAACUUAUCUGACUAUGAUCUCUAUAAAAUGCAAAACGGCAAUCCAGAUUUGGGACUCUUUGAUACCGAAUAUUCCUAUAUGCCUCAAAUAAUGAACCCCGUUCCUGAUCACCCAUUACUUCAUCAUGAUUCUGUCCCAGUUUCCAAUCCCACACAAUUGAUAGACUUAGUUGGAAACUGGAUGGUUCCAAAUAACAGUGGUACCUAUACUCCCUUUGGUACUUCUGAAUAUAAGCCAAAUGUUUUUGAUUUACCCUCUGAUCUCAACAACGGUACAAAUUUGAAUAUGAAAGAAGAUAAUCUGUUUAAAAGUGACCAAUUGGAUGAUGUACAAUUUCAGUUUAAUAGGGAUACUCGCAAACCUAGGAUGGUUGCUGAGGUUAAACCUAUGAGACCUAGUUAUUCUGAUGUUUUGACUAAGCCUGUAGCUCAGACUGUAACUAAAUCAUUGAAAAAUGAAGCUAAGGAGAAUAAGUUAAAAAAGGAAAGUAAAAAAAAUAAUAAAAAUGAGAAGAAUCAGAAAGUUAAUGGUCCUUUAGGGAAGAGUACUGUUAAUAAUGAUAUUAAGGAUGUAUCUGCUGAUAAAAAUAGCCAGACUAAGCAAGACAAGAAAACUGCCAAAGGUAAUAAUAUGAACAGGAAAUGGGCUUCUCUUGAAAACAUCUCUGACACUCAAAUAAAAGUUGAAGAAACCAAGAAAAAGAAAAAUGAUGAUAAAAAUACAAAUCAAAAAUGUUCAAAGAAAUACAGCAAGCUUGUUAAUGAAAUGAGUGUUGAGGAAAACAUUUCAAAAUGUGAUGGAAUUAAUUUAUGCAAAAAUUUAAAAAAGACGACCAAGCCAAUAGUCAGACCAAAAGCUAAUGACUCAUUUGGUAGUAACGAUAGGCCUCCUGGCAAGAGAAUACAGAGGUCUAGGAAAAAGGAAAACCAUGUCCCAUUUGGAGUUUUUGGACAAAAAUUGAAACAUUAUACCAAAGGUUGGUGGAAAAUUUUUACAGUUUUCCUACUGUGGUUGUUCCAUUUGAUCUCAGAUAUUUGCCAACUGAGUUUACAUAUUAGUCGUGAUAUGGCUUUAAUUUCUUGGGCAUGGAUCUGUCUUCAUUGGACCAUAGUUUUGACUGCCUCGACUAACUUCUUAAUGAAAAUUCGCUUCUUCAAAUGGCUCCAUGACAAGUUCAAAGGCAGGAAAAAGUCGGAAAGUACAGAUGAUACGCCCCAUUUCACACAUAGUGGCCUUCAGAACAACAUUAACAUGCCUACGACCGGCGACGAGGCAAUGAAAAGAUUGCUGGCUUGUAAAGGAAAAGAUCCAUAUAGCAUACUGGGGGUAGCGCCCACUUGUACUGAUGACGAUAUUAAAAGGUAUUAUAAAAGACAGGCUUUUUUGGUACAUCCUGAUAAAAAUAAUCAACCAGGUGCCGAAGAAGCUUUUAAAAUUUUAGUUCACGCUUUCGACAUGAUUGGGGAACCAGAAAGACGAGCAGCUUAUGAUAGAGGUGUUGUAGAAUCUGCGCAGGUGGUACAAGCGUGGAGCGAGCUGACUGAACUUCUGCAACAACUUCAGCAAAAAGUUGAAGCAGCAGCCAACACCAUCCGCUGCAGUUCUUGCGGUCUGAGGCACAAGCGCGUUAAAGUUGACAGACCAAGUUACGCAGCGCGUAACUGCAACAUGUGCAAAAUUCACCAUUCGGCGCGAGAAGGUGAUAUUUGGGCCGAGGCCAAAGUCAUGGGCUUCCUGUGGCAUUAUUAUGCAUGCAUGGAAGGGGCAGUAUAUGACAUAACUGAAUGGGCUGGCUGUCAAAAGGAUAAUCUUAAGCACCUUCGACCUGAUUCUCACCAUGUACAAUAUAGGAUAGCGCUUGGAAAACAGAACCAGCCGAGAAGGCAUACACCCGCUGCUCAGACCGAUAGACCUGAUUUGGAAAAUCUGUUAAAUACUCUCUAUGGACAAAAUGAUGGGACUCAAAGUACCCGUCGUAGGAAUAAGAAAAGCAACAAAUAA